AUCUCUUUAGACUGCAGGAGGAAACCAGUGCAGAUGGAGAAAACCCACUCGGUUAUGGGGAUUUGGUACAAACCUCUUAUAGACAAUGGAUGCUCCGUUUCCCGGCAUCUCUCCGCACCGCGCUCAUUCUCCCGCCCCACUGGAUCCCGGUUUGGCUCCCCUGGGCAACGGUGGCGCAGCUGAGAGCCAGAGGAUUGAGGGUCAUUGACACCGGAUCGCAGAGCAGAGCGGCGAGUGUUGGUAACACUCUGUCGAGGGGUGACAGAGUGAGAACCAAUCAGUCUGGAACGCAGCUGGCAGGAGUGAGGGUUGGUUACUCCCUACUGAGUGGUAACGGAGUGAGGGUCGGGGACUCUGCAUCACAUGGGGAAGGAGUGAAUCCUGAGGAGCCGGAGCAGAUGCCGGACGACUAUGAGGAACACUUCAUCCCCUUCGACAAGGAUGUUCUACUGCAGCUGUUACUGAAGGAAAUGAGCUCCACUUCGGAGGAGGCGAGAACCUCACUGAGGACCUUGUGCAAGGAGGCGGAAACAGCUACCGUGAGGCAGUACCACGCAGUUCUGGAGCACCUCAUGGGGCUGUAUGAGCCUAUCAACCCUGAUCGAGACACAUUGCCUGCCCUGAACCUGGGUGAACCCAGACAACUGGAGCAGGAGAAGGCGGUGCUAAGGAACCUCAGCAAUGUGAUGGACCAGGCCAACUUCAACGAGCUGUCUGAGAAAACCAUCCAGUACGCUAUGCAGCACCACGACCCCGUCUUCAAGUCCCAGGUCAAUGUCCGGCUGGAGGACUAUGAAUACAUGAAAUUCUGGGCUCUGGGCCUGCGCAAGGGGGUGGUGCCACAGGAGAUGAGGCAGCUGAAAUCCUCGAGGUUGUUCUUCCGCCGCCAGGUCAAGCUGCCCCAGGACCGGAGCUACUGCAAGCGUGUGAUCAUGGCGGCCCGUGAGCGGGAGGGAAGGUUGGUCCUCCGGUCAUUUAAGGACAUCCCGCUGGAGAACCUGGAGCACCUGCUGCCCGCAGCACAGCCGCGGGUCAGCCUGCCACGCCGGACCUCCCUCUACCUUAGCCUGGCAGCAGGCGGGGCUGUCCUCUUCGCCAACCUGAUCGUGCUGGGCCUGUAUGGACUGCGGCUCAAUUUUGCCCUGCUGCUGGUCCUCUUUGGAGCGCUGAUGGCCGGCCGACUGCGACGCCUGUCCCGGGUGCAGCGGGAGAGGGCAGCACUAGCCCAUGCCCUCGUGCUAGCCGGCCGCUGCACCUCCGGCAACGCAGAGCUCCUGGCAGCUCUGGCCCGACGAGCCCAGCAGGAGCAGGUCAAGGAACUGAUGCUCGCCCAUGCCUUCCAGCUCCUCCUCCUACGCCAAUACCGUGAGCAGGGAAGCCCCAGCCGCGUCACAUACACCGAUGCAGACCUGGCAGCACUGCUGUCACUGAGGGUGUCUGAGUGGCUGCGCCGGCAAUCGGGGCUGGCCAUCUCCUUCCGGGGAUCCCGCGCGCUGGCCCACCUGCACGAGCUCGGUAGGCAACUGAGGCAGAGCUGAGGAGCAGGAGGACGAGGACAGCGUUGGGACGAGAGAGGGCGGGGCAGCGAGCUGGUGACGAGUGGCCAUGAGGUGUGGCGGGUGCAGCGACGGAGGGGGGUGGUGGGUGGGAAGAGAAAGUUGCUCAUGUCACUCAGGCAGACCAGCGGUUGACCUGUGGGAAAGGUCCAAAGGUUCAGCCCUGCUCUGUGUCCCACAGAUACACACAGGCAUACACACACAUACAAACACACACAGAGAUACAUAUAUACACACAGACACUUAGGGAUGCACACAGAGUGAUACACAUACACACACACACACACUCUCCCUAUCUCUAUCUCCAUGCAGCAUAGUCAGAUCCACUCUCAGCACACAACCUGGUGUGCAAGUGCCACCAGCAGGUCGAGUGCUCGACGGUGGGUGCAGCUCGCAGUGCACCCACCGAAGACCAAACUCCCAUCAGUAGAAUCCACCUCAACGGGUAAAGACAGACCAAAAUAAACUAUCAACUGUCCAGCCCUUGGCUCCAUCCCUCCCCCUCCUGUCUUCUUCUAUCAUUUCGGAUCUCCCCCUCCCACUUUCAAAUCUCUUACUAGCUCUUCUGUCAGUUAGUCCUGCCGAAGGGUCUCGGCCCAAAACGUCGACUGUACCUCUUCCUAGAGAUGCUGCCUGGCCUGCUGCGUUCACCAGCAAUUUUGAUGUGUGUUGCCAAAAUAAACGACUUUGGUCCGGCAUGUCUUCACAAUCUCGUCAUUUCUCGGGUGUGGAAGGGAAUGGGCAGCAGGUCAAUAAGGGCUGACUGGACCAAGUCCAUGCUGGUUUACCCCAUGAAGGAAGAUCAGAUAGGUUCGACUUGGAUAGCUGAGUAGAAUCGUGGGGAUCCGCAUCGAGAAGUGCAGGAUUCUGAAGGGUUUCACUAAUUAAAAGCCCUACAGACUGGAAACAGCCUCUUCGGCCCAACACAUCCGUGCCAAGCGAGGUCACUACUUGAGUUAAUCCCACUUAAUAGUGCAGUCACUUGAUGCAAGUGUGAUGUUCUCCCAAGAUGGUGCUCUUGGUCUGUACUCAUAGAGAACGCCUGUGCGUGACUUCAUUUAACAUGAGGAGGCACCGCACCAGGUCAGGGGCAAUAAUCCUAUUUACCCGCAUCUGGCCCAUAUUCCCCUAAGGCUUUUCUAUCCGUGUACUUGUCACAGUUAAACUGUAGGUGGGGGAGUGGAGAUACGUCUCUAACAAAGGAGGUGUGAGACACUCCUUUCCUCAGCUAGCCUGCAGGUCAUCCUUGGGCAAGGUGUAGCAACUGCUUAGCCACCCCCAGCCCCAAUGCUCGAUAAGGGUCACAUAAAGCCAUGGGAGUAGGUGGUAGAUGGUCGUAUGAGCGGUCACUGGUCACUGCAUUCCACAAGUCCUGGUUAUGCGACCACUGAUGCAUACAAUCUCUGCGGAGUAUUGAUCCUGGCAGGGAUCACUCUUCUUGUAAAGACACUGCCCAGAAGAAGGUAAUGGCAAAUGACUUCUGCAGAGAAAAUUUGCCAAGAACAAUUAUGGUCAAGGCCAUGAUCGCCCAUGUCACAGGAUACGACACAUUAGAUUAGAUUAUGAGGACACUCAGUCCUCGUUUAUUGUCAAUUAGAAACACAUGCAUUAAAAAAUGAUACAACGUUCCUCCAGAAUGAUAUCACAAGAAAACACAGGACAAACCAAGACUAAAAGUGACAAAACCACAUAAUUAUAACAUAUAGUUACAACAGUGCAAAGCAAUACCAUGAUUUGAUAAAGAGCAGACCAUGGGCACGGUUAACAAAGUCUCAAAGUCCGGUACACUCAUCAUCUCACGCAGGCGGCAGACGGGAGAAACUCUCCCUGCCAUGAACCUCGAAAGCGCCACCAACUUGCCGAUGCAGCACCAUUGGAAGCACCCAACCGCAGCAGACUCUGAGUCUGCCCGAAAACUUCGAGCCUCCAACCAGCCCCUCCGACACAGCCUCUCCGAGCACCAUCCUCUGCCGAGCAACAAGCAAAGCCGAGGACUCGGGGCCUUCUCCUCCAGAGAUUCUGGACCACACAGUAGCAGCAGCAGCAGCGAAGCAGGCAUUUCAGAAGUUUCACCAGAUGUUCUUCUGUGCUCUCACCUCCGUCUCCAUCAAAUCAGGAUUGUGCACGGCACUCUUCUUGACAAAUAACAGGCAUCACCACCGGAGUGGCCGCUGCGAGUUGCAUCACACCGCCAUCUUCUCCUCCUGCCAUUGUUCCUCGUAAUGAACAAUGAUUGAAUGAUGAAGAUGACUACUGAGAGUAGGGCAAUGAUAUUGUCUAUGUGGAUUUUGGUGAGGCAUUUCACAAGAUUACUUGUAGUAAACAGACCCAGAAAGUGAAGAUGCAAGGGAUCCAUUUAGUUUGGAUUCAGAUCUGGCUUGCCCAUAGAUGGCAGUGGGCAGUAGAGGGAAGCCUGUUAUUCUAGCUGUAGAUCCAUCAGCACUAGUGUUCUAUAGAGAUUAUUGCUGGAAUCUUUGAUUUAUUCAUUUAUUUUUUGAGAUACAACAUGGAAUAGGCCCUUCCAGACCUUCGAGCUGCACCACCCAGCAGUCCCCCCUGUUUAACCCUAACCUAAUUACUGAACAAUUUACAAUGACCAAUUAACCUACCAACCGGUACAUCUUGGGAUUGUAGGAGGAAACUUGAGCACCCGGAGGAAACCCACACAUUCAUGCGGAGAGCAUACAAACUUCUUACGAGCAGUGGCAGGAAUUGAAUCCGGGUCGCUGGUACUGUAGAGCACUCUGCUUACCACUAUGCUACCUGCGAUCCUUGAUCCUUGUGAUAUAUAUAAUAAGAUAUAUGUUUGUAUAAAUGUCUUAAAUCAAAGUAGGUUGGUGAGUUUUGCAGAUUCCACAAAGAUUGAUGGGAUUGCAGACAAAGUAGUCAGCUGUCAAAGAAUACACCAGAAUAUAGAUCGGUUACAGAUACGUGCAGAGAAAUGGUAGAUGGAGUUUAAUGCCGGCAAGUUGUCAUGAAGGGCCCCCAUCACCCAAGACAUGCCCUCUUCUCAAUACUACCAUCAGAUUUCUGAACGGACAAUGAACAAAUCCAUAAACACAACCUCACUAUUAUUACUUCUCUUUUACACUGUUUAUUAAAUUUAAUUUAUACUUUUAUUGUAAUUUAUGGUAUUUGUUAUGUAUUGUGCUGCGGGAACAACUAACAUGUGUCAGCAUUAAUA